CCUGUACGAACGCGAGUAAACGAGACUGCGCAGGUGCAGUGAAAGUGAUCAGAUUUGGACAAAAAUACUCAAAGCACGGGGGCACUGGGCAGGCGAGUGAUCGUCCGAUUGCAAUACACGACUCGGGGUACGACCGACGAAGUGACUACCCUGGUUCAGUGACGGAAGACCCACUGCACAAGUGUACAGAGGGACAGUCCGACAGGCUGACUGACAGAUAGGGAAGAGCAGUGCGUGUAGACGAGGUUUUGCUUCAUGGAGAGGAGACUCAGUAGAGUAGAGCAACGCUCGAGGCAGCAGGCAUGAGAGAGUGCUUUUAGGAUCAUAUUCCCUGGACCAUGAGGCCAAGGGAUCAUACAGAGGUCCCAGCACAGAGAGCGAGCCUCCCAGCUCCGGCACCGUCACCGGCAUCGGCACCGGCAAGGGCAGAGCGGAGCCAGAACAAUGAGGGGAAAGUGCCCGUUACAGACAAAGGCUCUCUGAGGGGGGUCAUUCCACAGAGUGGAAAUGUUAACCUACCCUACCACCUCAGACAGACCUCCUCUACACCCUCGCCUGAACGGACCACGCAAUCAGUCCCAGAGGGGAAGGUUCGGCGCAGUAUCACCAGUCUGCCUGUAAUCACCUCGGACAGGCUGUCUAGGGCUAAGGCCCUGGUGGAAAAGGCUGUAAAGCAGCGGAAGGUGUUUUCGGUACAUGGUCCUUACCCCGUGCUUCGUGCCGCCUUGCGGGCCAGGGGUUGGGUGGAGCAACGACAGCCACGGAAUGUCCCGUCAAAGGGCAGGACUCAGGGAGAUGAGGGGGAUGACCGGGACAACAGCACAGACGGCGAAGACAGUUCAGAGGAGGUGGAGAGGGAUGACACCCCAGAUGACAUCUACGACAUCAUGUCCCGCCUCGUUCGAAACGAAACCGUAUAUUUCUGCUGGACAAUGCGAAGGGACACUAUUGACUACCGCUCGUUGCGGAAAGAACAGAUAACCAAUCAUUUUGCAAAGGUCGGCACUUUCACUACCAAGGUGGGCUUGUGUGUGAAUUUGAGGAACCUGCGGUGGUUUGACGCGGCCGAUCCAGACACCUUCUUCCCGCGCUGCUACAGGCUGGGGGCGGAGGAUGAGAAGUACGCCUUCAUUGAUGAUUACCGGAGGACGGCAUGCUCCAGCCUAUUGCAGUGUGUGCUGGAGAGGAGUCGCGGGGAGCAAGUAGAGGAAGAGAGAGCAGGAUCAAGUGAUUUCUCAGGCCAGAAGAAACGGUGCAAGCGUCGAGCCAUUGAAUCGGUCGGAAGCGGGAUAAUUGACAGCGCAUUACUUGUGUGCCAGGACUUCCUGGACACUUUGGAACACAAUGACAUUGACAUCUCUAUGGAAACACCCCCUUCCCUCACAGAGCAGCAAUGGGCGGAGUUCCUUCAUAGCUAUUACAUGAUUGUCCAUGAGGGGGUGGGGAUCCGGGACUCUAAUCGAUACCUGGAGCGCUGUCAGGUGAUGCUGAGGAGGCUUCGGGAGGUCAGCCCACAGCUGGACACUGAUGGGAUCCACAACAUCUGGAUAGUCAAACCUGGGGCUCUGUCCCGGGGCAGGGGGAUCAUUUGCGUGAAACGCCUGGAAGAAAUCCUGAAGCUGGUGGACAGCGACCCAGCUCUGAUCAAGGACAGCAAGUGGGUGGUGCAGAAGUACCUGGAGCGCCCCCUCCUGAUCCAUGGCACCAAGUUCGACCUGCGCCAGUGGUUCCUGGUGACCGACUGGAACCCCCUGACCAUAUGGUUUUACCGGGAGUGCUACCUGCGCUUCUCUACUCAGCCCUACUCUGUGGAAAGACUGGACAGCUCAGUCCACCUCUGCAACAAUUCCAUCCAGAAACACUACCAGCCCUCUCAGCGGCGCCACCCAGAGAUUCCUGAGGACAACAUGUGGUCGUCGGAGCAGUUCCGCACGUUCCUCCGUGUGCAGGGCCAGGUGGCGCUGUGGGACAGCGUGGUGGUGCCGGGGAUGAAGCAGGCCGUGGUGCACGCCCUGCAGACGGCCCAGGACCUGGUGGAGUCGCGGCGGGGCAGCUUCGAGCUCUACGGCGCCGACUUCAUGCUGGGCCGCGACCUGAGGCCCUGGCUGAUCGAGAUCAACGGCAGCCCCACCAUGGCGCCCUCCACGCCCGUGACCGCUCAGCUGUGCAUGGCCGUGCAGGAGGACACCCUGCGUGUCGUCCUGGACCGCCGGCUGAACCGCAGCGCUUGCACCGGGGGAUUCCAGCUCAUAUACAAGCAGGCUGCGGUGGAAAUCCCGCAGUACGUCGGGGUGAGCCUGUUUGUGGAGGGCGCUCCUCUCAGACGGCCUCGUCUUCGCCCCCGUAGGAAACUCACCCUGCCCAAGGCUGUCCACAUCCCCCGGCCUCGCACUGACCAGUCAAAAGAAGCGGGGGUGGAAAAGGUGGGUGGAGCUGAGGCAAAAACUGCGGAAUCCGCUAAAAAACCCGUAAAGUCCCGCCAGUCGUCUCGCCAGAAGCCCCAUGUGGCAUCCAAACGCUGCCCCACGGGGAAGAGGAAGGAGAACAACACAGACAAGGAGAGGAAAGGACCAGGAUCUGCGCAGAAUGUCCCACGGCAGGCCGCCCACUCCCUCAAGCUCAUCCCGGUGUGCCCCAUCCUGACGGCGGAGCCCAAACACUCGGACCUGGGCCUGAGCUCGGGGGAGAAGCCGCGCCUGCCCCCCCGCGCCCUGUCCCGCUCCAUGGACUCAUCCUUACGGGGCUCCGCCCGCCGCAGGCAGGUUUGCCACUCCUGCACCACGCGCUCUAUGCUCCUGUCCCCCUGCGGCCUGCCCACUCUGCGCAGCCCCGCCCCCCUCGGAGGGAGCAGAGGCCUGCACCUGGGCCCGCUGGAUGUCACCGCUACCACGCCCCCCGACCCGCCCACCUCAAACACGAGCCCCCCGCUGCAGCCGCUCCUCCCCAAUGUCUGCAGACAGAGCACGCCCACGCUCAGCCGGGACACAAAGCGCAAGUCCUUAUGACACAGAAUAAAGGAGGGUAGCCUUGGAAACGGCGCUUCCUGGAAUUAAGUGCUGUGUCUGCAUGUGUAUUUGGACAUAUACUACUCUAUAGGAGAGUCUCAUACUGUGAAAUAAAGUCAACACUGAAUAAUC